UCUUGAUGUGUUUUCGCAUUGGCUUAAGAUCAGUCGGAUGUCCGUGAUGGUAAAACUGUGAUCCAUGCUAAGCCGUCUUUCUGUACUUUUCUUGUGCCCUUGUAUUUGUGAAAAGCCAAACAUUGUAAAAAAGAAUGACGGUUCUGAGCGAUGCGGAAAAGAAAGGCCAGGCAGAUCAAAAUAAUGAGAAAGAAGAGGACCUCAUGGACCUUGUAGGAGGUGAUGGACCUUGGCAAAGGUGGCUUUUUCUUGUGAUCCUGUUAUGCCCCAUUCCAGAUGCUGCCCACAACAUGUCCAUGUCCUUUUUUGCUCCUAAUAUAGAUUACUGGUGCCAACGACCACCUGAUCUAAACAUCAGCGUAGAAGAGUGGAAAACCCUUGCUCUGCCUGCAGAUGAUCAGCAUUGCUCUAGGUACAAGCAUAUUAACUUAACCCACAUUCACAAAAAAUCGUUUUACCACAAUGACUCAAAUAAUCCAACGAUACCUUGUGAUUCGUGGGAAUUUGAUGAUUCUGUCUACAAAUCCACUGUCCUUGGGAAAUUCAACUUGGUUUGUAGCAGGGAAUGGCUUAUUUCGAUGUCUAAAGCAAUAUUCAUUGCCGGGUACUUCGUAUCGAACACUAUAUUUGGUUUCCUUUCUGACAAAAUUGGAAGAAGGCCAGUCGUUGUCUUAAGCGAUGUUAUUGCAGUUAUAGCAGCCAUUGCUUGUGUUUUUUCAACCUCAUACCACAUGUUCGUUUUGUGCCGGUUUUUCAUCGCUGCUGGGGUUUUGGGCGUGGACAACACAAUGUUUGUCUUACUGAUGGAAAUCAUUGGUCCAAGAAAUAGGUCAGUUUACGGCAUAGCAGCUCAGAGUGGAUGGGGUGUUGGCUGCGCUCUUUUAACAAUCUUUGCUUGGUACUUCAGAGACUGGGUCUGGAUACAUCUUGCAAUUACAGUGCCUUCCAUUAUACUUCUCUCAAGCUGGUGGAUAUUUCCAGAAUCGCCCCGCUGGUUGUUAACCCACGGAAAAACGGAUGAAGCAUUGAAAAUACUCACUGAAGCUGCAAAGAGAAAUGGAAAGACUUCUAAUAUCACAGAAGCCAAGAUUAAGGAUUUUGUAGCAAAGGCAAGCAAGGAACAGAAAUCUAAAAAUUCAAGUGGCAACAUCCUUCAAUUAUUCAAGCCAGGAUUGCUGCGGAGUACUCUUAUAGUGUUUUUUCUUUGGUCUGUGAAUGGGUUCAUCUACUACGGGAUAUCUUACAACACAAACGACUUAGCCGGAGAUGCUUUUCUUAACUUUGCCAUCUGCGGUGUGAUAGAGAUCCCAGCGCAGUUCAUGACAUUGUUUGUAAUCCAAUCGAAAGGCAGGAGAAAUCCAUUAGCAAUCAGCUUAGCAGCAGCAGGUGUAUCCUGUCUGCUCGUAUACAUCAUUCCAAAAGAUCCCGCCUGGGCAAGCGAAGCCCUCAUGUUAGUUGGAAAAUUCUGCGUGACGGCUUCCUUUAGCAUAAUUUAUAUAUUCACAGCUGAAAUCUUCCCAACGACUGUCAGAAAUGCUGGACUAGGAGCAGCAUCGGUCAGCGGCCAAAUCGGGUCAAUAGCAGCACCAUUCAUGAGAGAACUCGGAAGAACUACGCAUCCUAUGGUCCCACACAUAGUUUAUGGAAUCCUAGCAGCAGCAGGCAGUGGCCUAGUUCUACUUCUGCCAGAAACAAAUAAUUGCAUUGUGCCAGAUACAUUACAAGAAGCAACAGAUAUCAACAGGUGAUGAUGAGGGUUGCUGUCAUUAAUGUAUAUAAAAACCUGACUUAAUUAACUAGAACUUGUUGAUAUGAUAAAGUUUAAAAUGCCAAAAAAAUGUCCUUAUGUAAUAUUAUCAAAUAAAGUAUACAAACAAUAUCAA